GCUUGAUGCCUCAGAUAUUCUGUAGCACCAGAGCUGGAGAGACACGGCUCCUCUGUGGACUCUGACAAACCUGCAGAACAAACCCUCUUGAGAAGGAACCCAGCUGCACAGCAAGACGAUGAGUGCCCACGAGCAUAACCACUCAGACUUCCUGAAUGGAACGCCGUGGUUUGUCUACGAGUGCACCAUCAAGCUGGAUGAGAGCUACAGACGCAUCGCCCUCUUCCUGCUCUACCUGUUCAUCUUCAUGGUGGGCCUACUGGAGAACCUGCUGGUGGUCUGGGUAAACUGGCGCCGGCGUCACUCGGCCAAUGGGGUGCUUUUCUGCAUCAUCAACGUAAGCCUUUCGGACCUGAUGGUGAUCGUAAUCCUGCCUUUCUUCAUGAUGGAGGUGACCAUGGACAGGGUUUGGCUGUGGGGACGCUUUCUCUGCAAGGUGACCAAUCUCAUCUAUGUGGUGAACUUCUACAGCAGCUCCUUUUUCCUGGCCUUCAUGACCUUGGAGCGCUAUCUGGCCCUGACCAGACCUUCGUGCCCAUCCAUCUUCCCAGUAAUAGGCAGGCGCCGCUGGCUGCUCUGUGGAGGCCUGUGGGCAUUCUCCCUGUUUCUGGCCCUAAUGGAGAACGUCCAUGUGGAUCUCCUGGAGUGGGAAGAACCGGGCUGCUACAUGAUGCCUGAUUACAGCUACACUGAGUGGUUUGUUUCUGUGUCCUUCCUCUGCAUGAUAUUCCAGUUUCUUAUCCCAGCCGCAGUCAUCAUCACCUGCAACGUGCUGAUCGCCCGAGCUGUUAAAACAGCCCCAGAUGUGGAAGGUCAGCGGGACGUGUGGCUGGUCCACAUUUACUCCUUGGUGUUUGUCACGUGCUGGCUCCCCUACCAUCUGAUUAUGCUGCUGAUGAUCAUAGACGACAUCAACCCCUUCAUCUUCAGCUGCAACACUGUGGAAGUCCUCUACUUCUCCUACAUCGUGGCUCAGGGCUUUUCCCUUUUACACUGCGUCGCCAACCCUCUGCUUUACAACUUCCUCAGCAAGACCUUUCGGAACAACCUGAUCAACGCGGUGAUAAGCUCCUUACCCAAAGAUGGAAAUUUGGAUCAGGUGGAAGUGGGACCUAAGCCCAACACUCCUAAUGGAGGGAACGGAGGCCAAGGGAAGCAGCGCAAGAUAAGUAAUGCGAGCACCAGUCAGUCUGAUGUGGGUUCUUAAGGAAGAAGCUUGGAACUGCAUGAUAAUUGAGACUUUUUCUGUUAUUUUAGUGAAAACUGGACAGAGCUGAAUCCAGCCUGAGCGCUUUAAAAGAGCAGAAGUUGUGAUCGGGCACAAUCUCCUCUCAUAAUCCAUUUCCUGCUUUCCUUUUUUUCCCCCCUGUCAGCAUGAAUGUGAUCAGUUUUAAACAGAGCACAGCAGGAAAUGUUUGUUUUUCUGCAGAGCUGCUCUACUCCCACAGGAUCUCUGGGAAUGACUGUAAUCUCCUAACAUCGCCUCACCAGGAAUGUCUGUAAACAGAUCUUCUUAAGCAUCAGGACAGCUUUGUGCUUCCAUCCCUACAACAACCAUGCAAAAAGGAAAGUAGUACGUUUUACUGCAGAUUAAAUACGGAGUUAGCCGCUGAAGCUUAUUUAUCUCUCUCCAGUGUAGUAAUGCUCUGUUUAUUUGGAAUAAAACACCUUCAGAA